AUGAACGCUGCGGCUUCUGUCUCAUCACUGACCGCACUGACCACUGGCCACUGUAUCACUGGUCUCCCUUCUUCCCCAUCCUCCUUCUUUCUUCUCAUCUCUCAUCCCACAACCAUCCAUCCAGCACGCAGGCCAAUCCGACCACAACAUCCCUCUGCAACCCACAACAUCCCUCUGCUUUGGAGCCAAGACGCUGGUGUGGAUGACUUGAAGGAACUCAAGCCUCCGACCCCUCUCGCUCCUUUCCCCUACGAGUUUCGCGGCGUUGACUCUCGAGCCGAUAUGAUCCAACUGGUCCUUUUCUGGGCUCCACAUCUUUUGGGAGAGAAUUCAGCCCUUUUCAGCAAGAAGCUCCCAGUGCUCCCUCCGAAACUCGUCGAGGCCCUCGAGGAGGCGGAAAAGAUAAAAGAAUACAUGGUCAACAAAGACAACUAUCGCACCUUCAUGCUCAACCCCCUCGUUUACGAACUGUGGGUCAAAGUGAGGGACAGUGUCGAGUAUGUCCGUGGUACUUUGAACGAGGUACAGGCCGCCGCCCAGCACCAGGCGGUAGACGUUUCCAACCCACCAGUCGAUGCCACUCUCGCCCGAGUGUCCACGGGGACGGUCUGCACCACAGCGUGGAUCUCUCUCCCAACGCUGGUUCUCAGCGCUGUCGAGUGGGAGCGGAGGCAGCGCUCCAGGAACGAGUGGACGCGCGACAGCCUUAUUGUUGUUAUAAGCGAAUGUCGGCUGCCGGCUCUCGUGGUGGUGCAGGAAUUCGAGGUCGAGGAUGACGAGUACAGUGACGGCACGCACAAGGUGUGGCGCCGUCUCAUUGUUGAAACGUUGACUGCAUUCAACGAUCGCCUCCCAACAAUUUCAGGUACUCCAGUUCAACUGUGGACUUGCAAAAAUCUCGCCAUCCACUUCGCAGAGCGCGAAGCACUGUUCGCGCUCUUCAAAAUAUCUCCGAGAAUCCGAAGCGAAAUGUUCAAUGCUUUCAGAUUCCCUUCCCCUCGAAUUGACGUGCCCGCUCCGUGGGCACAAGUUGAGCGUGCAAUGGAUGUGUACAUCGGUACAAACGAGGCCCAAGCGAGGGCCAUCCUCGCGAUUGAAGAUGACGGGUUUCAUCUUCUCGAAGGGUUUCCGGGCUCCGGCAAAACGUACACGGCCAGCUACCUGGUCGGCAAGUUGAUCUCCUCGUCUCCACCGGGGACCAAGAUCCUUGUGACCGCUCCUGGCCACAAGGCUCUCGACAGUAUCUGUCGGGCCCUAAUGGCAGGUAUCCCUUCGUCGACAGGAGAGAAUUUUGUUCCCAACAUCGUUCGCCUGGGCGACCGUGAGGUCAUGGCCGAAUCGGUGUGGCCAAGAUCACUGGGGGCGUUGGUCGAGACUCGACUGUCCCACGCAGAGGCGGAACUCAACGCCUUGAUUACCGAUGCUGCCAACAUAUGCGACAAGCUUGGCGCGCUUCGUCGCCAGAUGGUCCAGCUGGGCGACAGCAAUCCCAGGCACCACGACCUCGUCCGCGACUGCGCGACCCUCGAGAAGCAGCACCAGGAGGCUCUCUCUGAGGUUAAAAAGUCCAAGCUGUCCCUCCAGAGGCGGAAGCGGGCGGUCGUCCAGGAGGAGAUUGCCGUUCUGGCCGAUCCCAGUGUCGACGUGGUGUGCUCGACCCUCGCCUCAUGUGCCAAGAAGGCCUUGCGCAGCGUUGGCUUCCACACUCUUAUCGUCGACGACGCAGCGAGAGCCAGCGAACUGGACACACUCAUUGCACUGGGCCUCGGUUCGCGCCGAGUGGUUCUUGUGGGUGACCGGAAUCUCCUACCGCCUCCCAUUUUCUCGAGCAACUGCCAAGUCAAGGGUUACGACAAAAGCCUGUUUCACCGUCUAGCACCUAGCCACCAUGUGCCGUACCUCGACGUUCAAUACCGCAUGAACCCAGCGAUAUCCAAGCUUCCCGCACUGAUCUAUGGUCACGCCUCCUCCCUCCUUCCUCGCAACGACCACACGAGUCACCAAGUCCAAGACGCUCCUGGAAUGGCAAUCGCCCGUCGUGCCGCAUGGCACAACGAACCCAGACUGGGGGCAUCCAUGUUCUUCCAUGUCUUGGGUAAAGAGGUCGUUGUCGACUUCACGUCCUUUAAGAACGAGUCUGAGGUGAAGGCGGCAAUCGAGCUCUACAGGUUGAUCUGCCACACCACCAAGUCCCUUGGUUCAAAGCCCUCUGUCGCCAUUCUCUCGUUCUACUCGGGGCAAAACGAGUGCAUGAAGAAAUCGUUUCUCAGCGAAUUCGGCUACGACCGGAUCCAAGACAUCCAGUUUCCAACCGUCGAUGGUUACCACGGCCAGGAAGCUGACAUCGUAAUUCUGUCAACCGUCCGCACCAAGGCGGUCGAUUUCCUGUCAACUGCCCGCACCAUCGUGGGGCUCACCCGCGCCAAGUACUCGCGCUUGGUCCUGGGAUCCACUGAUGCCCUGCAAAAGAAUGGUAACUGGCAGCAGCUUAUCCGGGACUGCAAGGGCGGGCAGGGCGGCACCUUCCAGCUUUGUACAGAGAAAUGGGCCGAUCCGAAGGAUGAGGAGCAAGAAGUGAAGAGUGAAGCUUAA